AUGUCAGGACUGCGCGCCGAGGCGUCCUCGGGACCGUCUCGCCGUCGGUUGGUCAGCCAUCCGACUCGAAGGUGCGCCUGCCUUCUGGGGCUCGUCGCGUUCUCAACCUCUAUUUCGUCGCCUCUUCCUACGGACGCUUCGCUCGAGCCGAGUGAUCCGUUCCAGAGCGUUCUGCCUCUGCUAAGGGAGACGGUCCAACUGGAGCAAAAAUUGCUUCACGACGCGUUCGACGACGGGACAGAGGAGGAGGCGUCGUCUCAAACCAAACGGGAAAGUGAACCAGUACCUGUUGUGCACACGGAACGCCUGAUAGGCUGGACCAGUGCGAGCUGGCCAGCCUGCAAGGACGAGGACCUCGGCGACGAGAGGCAGCUCCGCAGGAUCGCCAGUCGUCUAGGCGAGUACGAAUUCCAGGCGGCAGGCUACAACUCUUUUGUGCUCGAUGGAUGCUGGGCACUACCCGAGCGAGACAGCCGGGGUCGGCUGCAGCCUGACCCCGAACGUUUCCCGUCGGGCAUCAAGGCGCUCGUUGACUUCGUCCACGGCAAAGGCCUCCGCUUCGGGAUUGGAACACCUCUCGACAACAGCUGCGCGGAACUGCACACUCUCGGUGUCCGUGCCGACCCAGAACAGGAUGUCGCUCUUUUCACAGAGUGGGGAGUGGACUUCGUCAAGGUGAACGCCUGUGGCGCCCCUACUCGCAGUAUCCAUGAACCGGUCGCGAAGUGGAGAAGCGUUAUCAACGCCCAGGUGUCGGACCGAGUCCCAGACCUCGUCUGCAGCUGGAUGAGCGAAUCAGGCAGCUCCAUGCCCGAAGAGCAGUUUUACACAGGCCAGGUCCAGUUCGAGCUCGACGAACUCUCAAAAGCGUGCAACGUACUCAAUGUCUUUGAGCGGACGCCUCCCACGUGGGAGAAGAUGAAGAACAUGUCGGCCGUCUGGGAGGCGAAGGUCAACGGUCUGGUCUCCCGCAAUCUGGCCGAAUUGCGCACGCAAUUUUCCUUGUGGGUCCUCAGUGGGGCGCCGAUCAUGCUGGCCGGUGACAUCACGAAAGUGUCGCAGAAUGUUGUUGAUGUUUUGACGGAACGAGGCGCCACCGAUGUCGCCGCAAACGUGGAUGUGAUGUGGGGACACCGAAUACUUGGAGAAGGCUCCACCCACGCAUGGAUGUCUUCGCUCUUUGGUCCUAAAUUUGCCAUCGGUAUCUCGAACUGGAGCGACGAACCAGUCACUCAAAAACUCGACUGGGAAAGUUUCAAGGAGUGGCUUGGUAUCGUGCGCGACUUUCCCCACGAAAUCAAGGAUAUCUGGAGGCACGAGGCUCUCGGGCUUCUGGGGCCAAAUGCAUCCCCUCUGCAGUUUGAAUUGGGGCCUCACGACACAGUCCUUCUCAUGGCGACGCUGAUAGAGAAGCCGCAGCCUACUGAGGAGCACCUGCCAGCCCCGCAGAUGGCUAGCGGUCUCCCCGUUAUGCGGCGCUUGGGCUCCGGUAUGUUUGGGUCUCCGUCUCGGUCUUUCGGGUCUCCGGUGGACGGCCCCGUACUCUUUCCUACGCCGGCAUUUUCUUCGCGACCCGUUCUCCGAGGAUCGGGUGCGGUGCGAAUCUUCCGCAUCGGAUCGAUUGUCGCGCCCCCCCCGCGUCCUCUUCGUGAGUCGCCUUUCGACCACUUUGUGAAAACCAUGGACCAGCUGGCGACUCAGCUGGUUACCACGGUGAUUCCGGAUCUGGUGAAGGACGGGGACAAAAGCAAGAAGGAAGGGGAGAAGGAAGUGGAGAAGGACGGUGCGCGCGGCGAUCAAGAACCAAGUGGCUCAGAGUCCGAAGACGCGUCCAGGGACAAGGAAGCCAGUCGGGGCCGAGGAGUGCUGCCGCCUGCCAAGACACCCGAGGAAGUCGCGAACGAUGCCCCCAAGGCCCCACCGGUGGGAGCGCAGAACAACGCGGAGUCCGAGAAGACGCCCACGGCGAAGGCGGCCAAGGCCCGACCCGAGUUGCAAAAGGGACAGCAACGCGCGGCACCAGCGGGCGGCGCGAAGACGGAAGGCGGCUCAGCGUCCGGUGAACAACCCCAAGAGGAGGCGAUGCAGAGCACCAGGCGCACCAGUUCGUGGCCGAUGUUCGUUGCUGGGCUCGUUGCCGCGGGGCUUCUCAUUGCAUUCGUCCUUGUCGGCCGAGCAGUCAUGAAGACCUACACCACAUCGAAGGCGGAACGCCCUGCGAGGAUGCAACUCAUGCAGUGCGACCGUCCGCAUGCGAGCUGA